AUGCUGUUAUACAACAUAAGACAAGUAGUACAGAUAGUAGACGAUGAUACGGAGUUCUUGACAGGCAAAGAUAUGUCUAACAUCAAAGUAAGUGUAAUACUAGGUUGUUAACAUAAUUCUGUGCUCUCUCUCAAAGCAAAUUUUUGGUUAUAGAGAGCACAAAAUUAUUUGAAAAAUAUAAUAUUUACAGGCGCAGUUAUACACAUAUGUAUAUAUGAUAUUUACUGAUGUAAUUUAAAUAAGAAAGGAAAAUUCAAGUUUACGGCUUAAGUUAAUUACAUCACCAAAAUCGUCACUGUAUUUUACCUUUUUUUUAUUUGUAAACCAAACAUACUUUUAACCAUCAUUAAGUACAAUAUUCGUAAAUACUUUAAAGUGCAUUGUAAUUUAAACAGAUUUAAAAGUAUUUGUAUGACUCAAUUACGUUGUGUCUGGUAAUUCCUUUUGAAAGCCAGUAAUUGUUUACAUUGUUGUUUUGUUAAAGAUUAAUGACAUUUCAAUUAGGUGUUGACAUGUGACCAAGCGUCAUUGGCCAUUUUGGUCGAAAAUGGGAAAAUCAAACAAGUUGGACAGUACGAUAAGGUAUGUUUCCUUCUUCUGAAGCUAAUUUCUUGGCUUUACAGUAAUAGUUUAUGUCAUUUUUUACAUUUUUAGCUAGUAUUUUAAUAUAAUUCCAUUUUUAGGUAACAUUUUUUUAUAAAAUAACUUAAGAUAACUUAAAAACUAGUAAAACUAUCUAAAAUAUGUAUGAUAACAUAUUAAAAUGUUCAAAUAAUUCCGCGCUCAUCACAAAGCAAAUUUAGCGGUUUUAGGGGCACAGGAUUAUUUGAAUAACCUAUAAUAUUAAAAUUGUUAAACUUUUUUCAGCUAAAAGGUCAAGCACAGCCUGAAGUAAAUUGCAAUGGAGGUACGGUGAUUCCAGGACUAGUAGAUGGCCAUUCUCAUCCUGUGUUUGCUGGUGAUCGGGUCAAUGAAUUCGCUAUGAAACUGGCUGGAGCUACUUACAUGGAGGUAACUUUGAACAACUUUUUAUGUAAAAAUCGUUUUAUUGCUAAAGUAUGGCAAAAAAUCACUGAAACCCAUUGAGACCUCGAGCCCAUUGAGACCCCAAACGCCCAUUGAGACCUUGAAAGGAGGGUCGGCGAAGGCUUUAGUGUAUUCGGCGGAGGCUUUAGGAGGGUCGGCGGAGGCUUCAGGGCAUUCGGCGGAGGCUUUAGGGAAUUCGGCGGAGGGUCGGCGAAGGCUUUAGUGUAUUCGGCGAAGGGUCGGCGGAGGCUUUAGUGUAUUCGGCGGAGGGUCGGCGGAAGCUUUAGGAGGUUCGGCGGAGGCUUUAGUGUAUUCGGCGGAGACUUUUAUGCAUCCGCCGUGUAUCUACCCAAUUUUAUCCCUAACCUUUUUAGCCCUACCCAACCUUACCCUUGCUCAUUUUACCCUACCCAACUAUACCAUACCCAUCCUUUAUAAUAUACCAUACUAUACCCUAUUGUACUUAAUAUACCGUAUCCCACCAUAACCUAUCCUAUCUACCAUGCUAAACCCUACAAUACUCUACUAUACAAUACCAUACCAUACUUUACAAUACCAUACCAUACCAUACCAUACCGUACCAUACUAUACCAAACUGUACCAUACCUUACCUUAUUCAACCUUAUACAAAACUACCGUGUACUAUUUGUGUGUAUAGUAGAAUAAGUCAGUAAAACAACAUAAAUGGUAUAAUAUAGUCAAGUAUAGUAUGGCAUAGUAUGGGAUAAUAUGGUACGUUAUAUUAUUACUAAGUUCUCCGCCGAAUCCCCUAAAGCCUCCGCCGACCCUCCUAAAGCCUCCGCCGAACCUCCUAAAGCCUUCGCCGAACCUCCUAAGCCUCCGCCGAAUGCCCUAAAGCCUCCGCCGACCCCCCGUCGAAUCCCAUAAAGCCUCCGCCGAAUUCCCUAAAGCCUCCGCCGAAUCCCAUAAAGCCUCCGCCGAAUGCCCUAAAGCCUCCGCCGAAUGCCCUAAAGCCUCCGCCGAAUGCCCUAAAGCCUCCGCCGACCCUCCGCCGAAUCCCAUAAAGCCUCCGCCGAAUCCCCUAAAGCCUCCGCCGAAUGCCCUAAAGCCUCCGCCGAAUGCCCUAAAGCCUCCGCCGACCCUCCGUAGAAUCCCAUAAAGCCUCCGCCGAAUUCCCUAAAGCCUCCGCCGACCCUCCGCCGAAUCCCAUAAAGCCUCCGCCGAAUCCCCAAAGCCUCCGCCGGCCCACCUUUCAAGGUCUCAAUGGGCGUUUGGGGUCUCAAUGGGCUCGGGGUCUCAAUGGACCCGGGGUCUCAAUGGGCGCGAGGUCUCAAUGGGAGGGAUUCCAAAAAAUACUUGAAACAACGUAUAUUUGCUUCAAUAACGGUCUAUUUUUAUUACAAUGUAAAGCUCUUUGACUCGAAAUUGAGCUAUAUCAAGAGAAUAAACACUACCUACCUUCAGGUUCAAAAAGCUGGUGGUGGAAUUCACUUCACAACGCAGAAAACCCGUGAAGCUUCUGAAGCCGACCUCCUCAAUGACUUCAAAACCAUCCUAUCUAAAAUGCUCUCAUCUGGCACGACAACUCUUGAAGCCAAGUCCGGCUACGGUCUUGACACCGCGACUGAACUCAAGAUGCUAAAAGUAAUCAAUCAGGCUUCCCAAGAGUCUCCAGUCGAACUCUCGGCUACAUUUUGUGGAGCUCAUGCUGUACCAAAAGGUGUUAGUGAACAAGAACAAACCGAUCUUAUUGUUAAUGAAAUGAUACCUAAACUGACAGAAGAACGACGGAACGGUGGGUUAAAGACAUUGGAGAACAUUGACGUGUUUUGUGAAAAGAACGUGUUCGAACUGGAGACGACGAAGAGAAUUCUGAAGGCUGGAGUUGAGGCUGGAUUGCAUAUUAACAUCCAUGCUGAUGAGCUUCAUCCAUUGGGUGGGGCUGAGUUGGCUGCUGGACUAAAGGUAAGUUUUAGAUUAAAAAAUAUUUUAAAACAAAGUUUUUUGAAGUUGUAGUAGGUAUUCUCCUUUCCUAAAUCUACUACAAUAUCAUAAUAUCUUAAUUUCUCCAGGCCAGAGCAGCCAGUCAUCUAGAAGAAAUUAGUGAAAAUGGCAUACAAGGAAUGGCCAAAUCAGGCACAGUAGCCGUCUUACUACCCACAACUGCCUAUAUCUUACGCUUACAACCCCCACCAGCUAGGAAGAUGAUCGAUUCAGGAGUUACAGUAGCCUUGGGAUCUGACUUCAACCCAAAUGCUCAUUGCUUCGCACUUUCAAUGGUUAUGCAUCUGGCUUGUGUUUUGUUCAAAAUGAGUAUGCCUGAGGCGUUGGUGGCUAGCACGUUGAAUGCUGCUCAUUCUUUGGGCAGGGGUAGAAGUCAUGGUGCUAUUGCGGUGGGUCUUUUAACGUUUUUUUGAAAUUUUUGGGUUAUACGUUCAACAAUAUUAUUCUAGGUAUGGUAUAAUAAUGUUAUCCUAAGUGAUGAUUGAGAUAUUAAAGUUUACUUUUUGCUUUAUUUCAGCCUGGUCGUGUUGCCGACCUUGUCGUGGUCGAUGCUCAUCGUUGGGAACAUCUGAUUUACCAAUUCGGCUCUCACCACGAUCUUAUUCGUUUUGUCUUCAAAAACGGUUCUAUAGUAUACGAAAGGAAGUAG